CUUCGCCACAUCUUCAUUCUUUCCCACAUCCAACAUGGCCGACGAGGGACUCAACAUCUACGAUGAGAUCGAGAUCGAGGAUAUGACCUUCGAUCCAAACCUCCAGAUCUACACUUAUCCAUGUCCAUGUGGCGAUCGCUUCGAGAUCGCAAUCGAUGAUUUGCGCGAUGGUGAGGAUAUUGGCGUUUGUCCGAGUUGUAGUCUUAUGAUUAGGGUUAUCUUUGAUGAGGCCGAUCUUCCUAAAGCUGAUGCGUGAGCUGGCGCAUGAAUUACGAGAGUCGCGAAGAGAAGGAGAACUUAUGCAGAAUAUACCUGGAGGAUUUGGAGGCAACGCCGGCGACCGAGUUGGCACCUUGGAGAGGUUGCCCUCGGCUUGCAGGUUGUUCCUCUCGGCGCAAACGACUUUGGGCAUUUGGCGCCUGCGAGCACUCCU